AUGGCCAAUUACAUCUUAGGGGUGAAGUGGGAAUAUAACUUCAGAUUCAAGCUGGUAGACGAACGGGGGGAGGGGCAUCAAUCACAAGCUCACAGUCAAACACAACAUAUAACGUCGUAUACAAUCCACUACAGUGAUCAUAUCAACGUUCCCUACACGUUGACAAUCAUUGACACCCCAGGGUUUGGGGAUACCAGAGGUAUUGAGCACGAUAGAGCUACUGUUGAACAGAUAAAGGAGUUUUUCACUCACCCUGAAGCCCAUGGUGUGGAUCACAUUGAUGCUGUAGGUUUCGUUGUUCAGGCUUCACAAGCUCGUCUUACUCCGACGCAAACGUAUGUCUUUGAGUCAAUCCUUUCCAUUUUUGGCAAGAAUAUUGAGCCCAAUAUAUUGCUGCUGAUCACCUUCUGUGACGGGCAAACACCGAAAGUCCUCCAUGCAGUUAAAGAGGCAAAGUUACCUUUUGGUAACACGUUUAAGUUCAACAACUCGGCACUAUUUGCAAGUCAAGGAGAUGGUGGAAUGUCGAUUGAAGCAAUGUUCUGGCAAAUGGGGUAUAAAAGUAUGAAGACGUUUUUCGACGCUCUUGACUACCUAGAGCCACAAAGUCUUAUCCUCACCGUGGCUGUUCUUGAGGAACGAAAAUGCCUCGAGGCUGCUCUGAAAGGGGUAAAGCCUCAGAUUGAGUUCGCUCGUGCACAAACGGAGCAGUUAAAGAAAGACAUAAAAAUGCUUGAAGAGCAUGAAAAGGAAAUGGAGGAAUGUAAGUCUUACGAGUACGAGGCUCUCGUUCCAAAACUGACCAUAAUUCGAGAUGAAGACGAGGGCUCCACGAAUUGUCUCAACUGCCUCUACACCUGUCAUCACCCAUGUACCUACUCUAACGCAACGUUUUUGUGCCGUGCAAUGUCGUGGGGCGAUUGCACUGUGUGUCCUGGCAAGUGUUCCUCAAGCGACCACGUUUACGAGCACUCCAGAUAUCAUUGGAAAAUGGUGAAAGAGAAACAAACGUAUGCUAAUAUCGAGAGCCGAUACAGACACGCACAGGGGCGAAAACAAACCCGUGAAGAAGUGAUAAAAAAAGUACGAGCUGAUCUAGCCACUUCGGAAGCGGCUGUUUCCGAGUUGAUUAAGGAGUCUCACCGUAGUACACAGCGCCUUGAAAAGAUCGCCCUCAAGCCUCACCCCAUAGGGUUAAAAGAGUACUUAGAUGUGUUGAUUGAAUCGGAGAAGGCAACGCAAAAACCAGGUUGGGAGAAAAGAGUAGGGUCUCUGGAAAAGACUAAACUCACAGAAAGCACUGACGCUGCAGUCAAAGAUGCAGCUAAAUCGGACAGUGCCUCAAAUAAUAUGUGGAGCAAAAUAAAGAAAACAUUUGGGUAUACAUAG